CGUUACAGACUCGAAUGUGUUCGCGAUUCUUACGGAGCGCGCAUCUCUAGCGGACCUCGUGGUGAUCUUUCCGUUCUUGCUCGGUUCUUCGUUCAGAAGCUAUGCGCGAAUGGUCGGAAGCAAAACAACCACGAGUGCAGCCGACUAAAGUGAAACGUGAAGUUUGAUCAAUUAAUUAUGGUGUAGCAUCAGUUGAUCUAUAAUUCUGUGAAGCUCAUAGUGAUUCGUUCUACAUUCAGUUGAAAUGAUAACAUGACAGCUCUUUGAUUUCUCUAGAAUUAAAUAAACAAGAUUAAGCAGGGGGUUAGCGGCGGAGGAUAAUUAUAUUGCAACGAAAGAAGUGCCAGUGAAUAGCAAUUGCAAGCUGCUAAGAGAUUACAUAAAUUUGCAUGAGCUGACAACUGCUAUCUUUCAUCUCUUGGUUUGUGAAACCUACGAAACCUGACUGAAGGAGAGUGGAUUGAAGAGCAAUAUUUGCAAGCGUUACCCAUCCGACAAAGCGAUGGUUAGGCAUGGGCCGUAGUUCCUAUCAACAGUUUUCUCAACAGUGUACGAGGAUGAUUGAUGACAAUAAUAAUAAACAUUUGCGCGUAAUCAACGGAGAAUCGUGAUCUGGAUCUGACUUUAACGGAACGAUGAACGAUCGGGCUAUGAUGUAAAAUGAGAAACAUUCCAUUGAUCGUCUGUAUGAUUUUCAUGUUCGUCAGAGUAAGACUUUCGGAAAGUUUCACGUCUUUGGUUCUUUGUUCAAGGAUUCCAGGCCUUUCUCCGUAUCAAAAGCAAUUGUGUAUUGAUGCCCCAGAUGCUGUUGUAUCGUUAAGUGCAGGUCAGAUUCUUGGUGCUCAAGAGUGUCAACGUCAAUUCAAAGGCCACCGCUGGAACUGCACACAAGUCUGGAAGAGAGACAUGUUCGGUCAUAUUGUCAUUAUUGGGUCACGAGAAGCAUCCUUUACGUACGGAAUAACAAGCGCCGGGGCAGUACAUGCCAUAACCGCAGCAUGCGCCAAGGGAAAUAUUACAACGUGCGGUUGCGACUUAAAGCAGAAGAUGCAAUUUUCUUCCGAAAGUGACAGCUGGAAAUGGGGCGGUUGUUCAGCCGAUAUCGGGUUCGGAAUGCGCUUUACCAUGAAGUUUCUGGACGCACGGGAGAUUGAGAACGACGAUCGAAGUCUAAUGAAUCUGCACAAUAACCGAGUAGGACGAAAGAUUGUCAAAUUGAUGUUGCGUACGGAUUGCAAGUGCCACGGUGUUAGUGGUUCAUGCGCAAUGAAAACAUGUUGGAAAAGUUUACCCUCGUUCCACGCUAUUGGGGAUAUCAUGAUGAAAAAGUACCGGAAGGCAAAACUGGUGCAAGCGAUAUCUGAGGUGGGGAAAAACAACGGUCAGCUGCUACAGUUAGUGCUUAAAAGGAGAGGCAAAUUGCAACACACUAGUGUUAACAGUCUGAAACCAAAGAGGAUGGAAUUGGUAUACUUGCAACCAUCGCCAAAUUACUGCGACCGAGAUAUUGUGUCCGGAAUUCUGGGCACCAGCGGGCGCCAGUGCAAUCGAACUUCGCUUGCAUUAGACAAAUGUGACCUGCUCUGCUGUGGACGAGGCUACAAUACUCAUCAAAUUAUUCGAAGCUGGCAGUGUAACUGUAAGUUCAAAUGGUGUUGCACAGUCAAUUGCGACAUCUGCACCGAGCACACCGAAGAAUAUACGUGUAAAUAGUGCAUAAAGGUAUUACCUUCAUUCGAUUUAGUUUCAUGAAUUGUAAAUAAAUAUUCCAUUAGACUUAAUUGCAUCAUUCUCAGUCAGACGAUUGUAUUUUUUUCACCAAGAAACAGUAUUAUU